AUGUGUCUCUUGAUAGGCCUAAUCAUAUUUGUCUAUGUAUCGUAUCGAUUGUAUCAACACUUCUUUCCAACGCCAGAUAUCAAUCCAAGUGGUAAAUACGUUUUAAUCAGUGGAUGCGAUUCAGGUUUUGGUCAUGGACUAGCAAUUGAAUUAGAUAAACAAGGUUUCAAUGUUUUCGCUGGCGUCUUAACCGCCAAUAGUAAAGAUUCGUUAUCGAAAAGUCUCUCGACUCGUGCAACAAUCUUUCAACUGGAUAUUACUCGAGAAGAAGACAUUGAAGCUGCUUAUCAGUUGGUUAGCAACAAAACAAAAGUACUACAUGCGCUAGUUAACAAUGCUGGCAUUGGCGCAGGUGGAUAUAUAGAUUGGAUUUCAUUGCAGUUCAUACGUCGAAUGAUGGAUGUCAAUUUCUUUGGACAUGUGGCAAUGACAAAAAAAUUCAUACCAUUGUUAAUUGCCAAACGAGAUUCUCGUGUCGUAAAUAUCUGCUCUGUUGCUGGAUAUUUAACUAAACCUGGUAUGGCAGCAUAUUCAGCAUCAAAAUAUGCACUGGAAGCUUUUUCCGAUGCGCUUCGUCGAGAAAUGGCUGUAUGGGGUUUACGUGUUAGUAUCAUUGAACCGGGCUUUAUGCGAACGAAUAUUGUCGAAGGACAUGAUAAAUCAUUGCGUAGUUUAUGGAAUGGUUUGAACGAUGAUGUUAAAGACCGUUGGGGAGAAGAAGAAUUAAAUAAACAGAUUGGCCAAGUUCAAGACAAUAUAUUCAUGAAAAAAGCAGAAGAUCCGACUAAAGUUGUACAAGCACUUAAACACGCAGUGAUGAAUAGUGUUCCACGAAUUCGUUACCGACCCGGAUGGCAAUCAAGUUAUAUUAUGUUUCCCAUAUCAAGAGGUCCAGCAUGGUUGGCUGAUAUACUCAUGAUUAGACCUAGUCUGAAAGGCACUCUUCCGGCUGGUCUACGCACGCAAUUAUCCGAAUAG